AUGUCCCUUCCCAAGCCCAACUACGCCUUCAAAAUCCCGAGCGUCCACGAUGAUCUGGAGCUAGACUGCCGUCUGUACUAUCCCAGGAGAACGGAACAGAACCCGGGCAUCUUUGGCAGAGUGUUUGCCAUCUUCGCUCAUCCCUAUGCCACGUUGGGCGGAUGUUACGAUGACCCCGUUGUCGGACUUGCCGGAGCGGUGCUCCUUCGCCAGGGAUGCAGCUUGAUCACGUUCAAUUUCAGGGGAGCCUCUGGUUCGGCGGGGAAGACUUCGUGGACAGGAAAACCCGAGCUUGGAGACUACGUGUCGGUCUAUGGGUUUGCUCUAUGUUACAUCAAUGCGAUAUACCAUCAGCAUGAAGUCCCGAGUACACUGCCAAGGUGCUCUGACGCCCUUCUGAUCCUUGGUGGAUAUUCGUAUGGGUCCAUGAUCGCAUCACAUCUCCCUCCUCGAGAUCAGGUGGUUGAGCUAUUCCGAGCACCGUCCUCUGAUUCAGCCGAGAACGAAAUCAAACUCCGAGCCGAAGACUUGUCUCGAGACGCGAGGGCCUAUCUGGAGAUACAUAGUAGUGUGCCAAAGACGUCACUUUCCGUCAGCCGUGUCCGAGGAAACAUUGCGGACGAUGCGAGUCGGAAUUCGCAUCGGGCUGUGGCUAUGGGUGGAUACGAAUCGGAGGUGGCUAGUCGAAGGGUGAGUCGAGAAUCUUCGAGGAGGAGCUUGGAUGGGGAGCGGGUCAGACAGAGUAUCGAUAAUGUCCGGCGAAAGAUCAGCCACCACCGCGUCGUCUCGCCCCAGAAAUCCAAAUCGAAACCCCCGGGUCCAGUGGGUGAUGUACCGAUAGUGCCUCGAAUUGCGUACAUUCUCAUCUCUCCAUUACUGCCCCCGAUAGCUGGGUUUACGACCAUGUUCUCCCGAUUACAUUUCACGAGGAGGAAUAGAGGCUCCGAGUCCCAAGGGUCCGGCACCUCAUCCGGCGUGGAGUUCGAGGAGCUGACCAACCACCCGUGCAUAUGUAUCUACGGCUGCAAGGACGCCUUCACCAGUGACCGGAAACUCCAGCGGUGGACAGAGAAUCUCAAUUCGAGACCGAACUCGCGGUUCGUCGCCAUUCGGACCGACUCGGGCCAUUUCUGGCAUGAUUCAGAGGGUAUCACUCGAUUGCAGCAAGGACUGGCUGACUGGCUCAAGACCCUGGUCCCAGCGUCUACCGGUGAUGAAAUUUCCCAUCGUCAUAACCACUCUGGAGAGAGUACGAUAGAAGGGAUUGGCGGUGGCGGAUGA